GAUAUAUUAAGAUCUAUCGAUGAAUCAACUUUUUACUGCAAAGAGGUAAACAUAGUUAUUACAAUAUUUGCAAUGCCCACGGAAAACAAUAUCAAGAUUUUCCCCAAGUCGGUGGUCUGCGAGGAGAGCACUCUACGUGGUGACAUCACCUUUUCCGCUGGUUGCGUCGUGCAUCCCAGCGCAACAGUCAUUGCCGACGCUGGACCCAUUAUAAUUGGCGAAAAUUGUAUAGUAGAGGAGUAUGCAACCAUAGCACAUCGACUUUCGGACGGCGCCAGCUGGGAUGCUAACAAUAUUCUGAGCAUUGGAAGCCACAAUGUCUUCGAAGUCGGCUGCACCGUGGAGGCAGCGCGAAUUGGCGACAAAAAUGUGUUCGAAAGUAAAUGUUUUGUUGGCAAAGGAGUGACCGUGUCCAGCGGUUGUGUAAUUGGAGCUGGCAUUCGAAUGCACACUGCGCAAGUGCUUCCUGAAAAUACUAUUGUGUAUGGGCAGCAAGCACUGCAGCGCGAGGCCAUCGAGAAGCAGGGCUCGCAAACCCUGCAGAUCGACUUCUUACGGAAGGUUUUGCCCAAUUAUCAUCACCUGCGCAAGCCCAACUACGACCCAAAGAAGGCACGCAGCGUCGUAUAGAUUUAAUAUGUAUUGUAUA